AUGGCCUUCAAUGACCUCCUGCUGCAGUUGGGAGGCGUCGGCCGCUUCCAGCAGAUCCAGGUCACUCUGGUGGUCCUCCCCAUGAUCCUGAUGGCCUCUCACAACACCCUGCAGAACUUCACGGCCGCCAUCCCCACCCACCACUGCCGCCCACCUGCCGACACCAACCUCAGCAAGGACGGCGAGCUGGAGGCCUGGCUGCCCCGGGAUGGGCAGGGGCAGCCUGAGUCCUGCCUCCGCUUCACCUCCCCCCAGCGGGGACCGCGCUUUCCCAAUGGCACUGAGACCAACCGCACGGGGGCCACAGAGCCCUGCACCCAUGGCUGGAUCUAUGACAACAGCACCUUCCCUUCCACCAUCGUGACAGAGUGGGACCUCGUGUGCUCUCACAGAACCUUACGCCAGCUGGCUCAGUCCUUGUACAUGGUGGGGGUGCUUCUCGGAGCCAUGAUAUUCGGGUACCUGGCAGACAGGCUGGGCCGGCGGAAGAUGCUGAUCUUGAACUACCUGCAGACGGCUGUGUCAGGAACCUGCGCUGCCUUUGCUCCCAACUUCCCCGUCUACUGUGCCUUCCGGCUCCUCUCGGGCAUGUCGCUGGCUGGCAUCACCCUCAACUGCAUGACGCUGAAUGUGGAGUGGAUGCCCAUCCACACACGGGCCUGCGUGGGCACCCUGACUGGCUAUGUCUACAGCCUCGGCCAGUUUCUCCUGGCUGGUGUGGCCUAUGCUGUGCCUCACUGGCGCUACCUGCAGCUGCUGGUCUCCGUGCCCUUUUUUGUCUUCUUCAUCUACUCCUGGUUCUUCAUCGAGUCGGCCCGCUGGUACUCCUCCUCCGGGAGGCUAGACCUCACCCUGAGGGCCCUGCAGAGAGUGGCCUGGAUCAAUGGGAAGCGGGAAGAGGGGGCCAAUCUAAGUAUGGAGGUGCUUCGGGCCAGUCUGCAGAAGGAGCUGACCAUGGGCAAGGGCCAGGCCUCGGCCACGAUGCUGCUGCGCUGUCCUGCCCUUCGCCACCUCUUCCUCUGCCUCUCCAUGCUGUGGUUCGCCACUAGCUUUGCCUACUAUGGGCUGGUCAUGGACCUGCAGGGUUUUGGGGUCAGCAUCUACCUAAUCCAGGUGAUCUUUGGUGCUGUGGACCUGCCUGCCAAGCUUGUGAGCUUCCUUGUCGUCAACUCUAUGGGCCGCCGGCCUGCCCAGAUGGCCUCACUGCUGCUGGCAGGCAUCUGCAUCCUCAUCAAUGGGGUGGUACCCCAGGAUCAGUCCAUCGUCCGAACCUCCCUUGCUGUGCUGGGGAAGGGCUGCCUGGCUGCCUCCUUCAACUGCAUCUUCCUGUACACUGGGGAGCUCUACCCCACAAUGAUCCGGCAGACGGGCUUGGGAAUGGGCAGCACUCUGGCCCGAGUGGGUGGCAUAGUGAGCCCACUGGUGAGCAUGACCGCCGAGCUCUACCCCUCCGUGCCCCUCUUCAUCUACGGCACCAUCCCCGUGGCUGCCAGCGCUGCCGCCGCCCUCCUGCCAGAGACCCUGGGCCAGCCACUGCCAGACACGCUGCGGGACGUGGAAAACAGGAGGAGAGGGAAAAAGACGCAGCAGCAACAGCAGCAGGAGAAGCAAAUGGUCCCGCUCCAGGCCUCAGCACAGGAGAAGCACGGACUCUGAGCACUGAAAAGGAGCCUUACAGAGGCCUAAAGGAAGAGAGGCUCCUACGGGUCCUGGGCCACUCACACGAGAAGGGGGAAGGGGGAACGGUGGCCCGUGUGUUGGGGCUGUGGUUUAGGGAAGCACCCGCCCCACCCCCCAUAGACUCCACGAAGACCGCAUAUUAAAAGGUUUGUCUG